AUAAAACGUCCAUAUUGGCUGUUUUGUUUUUGCAUGGUCAAACGGUUGCUAGGCAGAUCGUCAAAUGUUAUUCACACAAACUCAAAACGCGUCACUAUUUUGCAAGUUGUGUGUCUAGUAAUGUGUUGAGUUUAUUGGACCCCCCUGACCCCCCCAAUACAAACACAUGAAGCUAAGCAGAUGUUGCAAACAGGUUGAAGUCCACCAACAGCAUUUGAGUAGACUUUGCAUUCCCAAGCUGGGCCCUCAGAGACCACGAAGCAUGUUGCGUUUCUUCCUGGCGGCCUUGGUUCUUCUGCCGACCCUUCACCGGACGUUCGGCGCCAAGGACGAACGCCCCAGCUGCCGACCCCUGACCGCCUCCUUCUGCCGGAACGUGGGUUACCCGACCAGCCGCUACCCAGCCGGAGUUCAGGGCUUCAACGUGCAGCAGCUUCGUCAAAUGGUGGAGACGGCCUGCUCGCCCGACGUAGCCACGCUCUUGUGCCGCGUGGCCUUCCCGGAAUGCUCGGAAGACGACGCCCGUGUGAAACCGUGUAAGGCCGUGUGUCACAAGGUGAAGCGAGAGUGUGACGCCGCCCUCAAAGCCAAAGCCCUGACCUGGCCCAGGAGUCUUCAGUGCGACGCUUUGCCCGAAUACAACUGCGUGCAGGCUCAACAACAACCGCAGUCUCUCUCGACCGAUUCGGCGACAGCGUGUCAGACCGUCACCAUUCCUCUAUGCAAAGACCUCACGUACAGCCAGACCAUCAUGCCAAAUAUUUUAGGCCAUGCCACCCAGGAGGAAGCGGGCCUGGAGAUGUACCAGUUCGCCCCACUGGUAAGGAUACAGUGCUCGCCACAGCUCAAGCCCUUCCUGUGCUCCGUCUACGUUCCAGAGUGCAAAGCGGGAAAUCGUCUAGCUCCGUGCAAAACGAAGUGCGAGCAGGCUCGCGCCGGAUGUGAGCCUCUGAUGAACACGUUUGGCUUCCAAUGGCCGGCAAGUCUGAAUUGUGAGAAUUUUUCCACGUAUUCCUGUGAUCAGGCUCCCGAGUCUGAGACAUUAGGAACUUGCGAGAGCAUCACGGAGCCCCUUUGCAAAGAUCUCCCGUACACACAAACGGUCAUGCCCAACCUCCUCGGCCACUCGACGCAAAAAGACGUCGGCAUACAGCUCAAGGCUUACUCCAACCUGGUCAGCCUGGCCUGCUCGCCACACCUCAAGACCUUCCUGUGUUCCGUCCUGACCCCCGAGUGCUUGGCGGGAAAAGCCCGCUUGCCCUGCAGGACCAUGUGCGAACUGGUCCGCUCCAGUUGCGAGCCACUGCUCAGGGAGUUUGGCUUCUUCUGGCCCGAGUCGCUCAAGUGCGACACUUUCACCACGGCGUCAUGCCAGCAUUUUGGCGUGAGCGAGGCCGGCGGCUUCUGCGAGCCCCUCACCAUCCCCAUGUGCCAAGGCCUGUCCUACAACCAGACCAUGACCCCCAACCAGCUGGGUCACGCCACCCAGCGCGACGCCGCGUCCAAGAUGUCCUUCGUCCACUCCAUCGUGCAGACCAGCUGCUCGGCCGACAUCCGCCCCUUCCUAUGCGCCGCCUACGCUCCGCGGUGUUCCUUGGGUCAGGUCCGCCGCCCGUGCCGGAGCUUCUGCCAGAAGGCCCGUGACAGCUGUGAAGCGCGCUUGGUCCGCUACGGCAUCUCCUGGCCUCCGGAGCUGCGUUGUGAAGUCUUCCCGCAGGAUGCCUGCGUCACCGAUGACGAGAAGUCAGAGGCGAUGUUGAAUGCAGAGGACGUGGCGGCCAGGCUGCAGGUUGCAGGCCAUUCCAUUGGCGGAAAAUCGCUGAGCGUCAGGACUGCGCGUUUGCUGCUGACGCUCACAGACGCAGACAAAUCGGGGUACCUGGACGUGGUGGAGUUCUUCAAGCUAGACCACUAUGUGGCGGCCGCCAGACGAGAGUACUUGGACCGCUACGAAAGAAGGCAGCCGCCAUCUUUUACUCAAGCUAACAUGAAUGAUGCCCUAACUGCACGGGACUUCGGGUUGGACAGGGACAGCUUAAAGACGCUGUGGUUGGAGUACAGCAGCCAAGGGAAGCUCGACUACGAUGACUUCAUUGCUUUGCUCACACGGAUGCAAAUCCUUAAAGCUCGUUUCCAGAGUCACAUUCUCAAUUUGCCGUGUGACUGCCAAGUGGCCAGCUUCUCUUUCAAACAGGUGUGUUUACUGUCACUGGACACUUCAUUCCGUACACAAGCUAAAGUCAUCGAAUAUUCCCAGUGCAUACUUUUAUAGUUCACUUCUAAAAAAAAAAAAAAAUUAAUCUGACACAAUCACUUCUAAUAUUCCAUAUUUGAUUGAUUUGAUAUCAAUAUAUUUUCAUUCUUCCAGUUCAUGAAGUCUGCGGUUGUCUGAGGAUCAUCUUGAAUCGCCAAGUUUAGUAGCACCUUUUUUUUAUUACAAUUUAAUAACUAAAAGAGUGUGAAGGCUGAUAAUAAGUGUAAAUACAUUAAUAGUGUGCAGUAUAUUCAAACUAAAAAUAGUGGUACGUUACACAAAUUAAUUGCACAGUGGAACCUUUUAAGUCAACUCUUCGUCAUUGGAAAUCCCCAAGGUGUUGAAAUGCCCUUUGAUGCCACAGGAGGGCGCCAAAGCACACCCAAGUAAGGACAAGAUGAGGGAAAUUUGUGAUAAACAAUGGCUUAAUUGUAGUUAUAAAAUGUGCAGUGUGUGCACAUAGUGAAGGCUGCUGGUGUUAAGAUGUAAUUCUGGGAAUGUAAUAAAGUUUGUAAAAGGUGGGAACAAAUUGUAAUAAAUUAAUUGAACCAUCUUGAAGAAUUUCUGCCCACAUUUUCCUUUGUUAGCCAAAUUAUAGAAUAUUGUUGGACUUUCAAGGUU